AUGAGUCCCUUAGCAAUUUUCUUCUUCUUUUUCUUCAACUUAUCAUUAGCAUCCAAUACCAUUUACAAUGUCCAAAAUUAUGGAGCAAAAUCCAAUGGCAAAACAGACUCAUCAAAAGCAUUUUUAAGUGCAUGGGGAUCAGCAUGUGCUUCUACGAGCGCAUCCACUAUUUAUGUGCCACGUGGAAUUUACUUGAUUCGCAAGGCAUACUUUAAUGGUCAAACAUGCAAACGUAACGCUAUUACUAUACGUAUCGAUGGAACUCUCUUAGCUCCUUCUGAUUAUAAUGUGAUUGGCAAUGAUGGAAAUUGGAUAACAUUUGAAAAGGUCAAUGGAGUUUCUAUCUAUGGUGGAAUUUUUGAUGGUCAAGGUGCUAGUCUUUGGACUUGCAAAAACUCCAAAAAGACUUGCCCUAAAGGAACUACAGCUCUAGCUUUUUACAACUCAAACAAUAUUGUAAUGAACGGAGUAACUGUACAAAAUAGCCAAAUGUUCCAUAUCUUAGUAGAUGGUUGCAAUAACGCGAACCUACAAGGAGUGAAGGUGUUAGCUCCAGGAAAUAGCCCUAAUACUGAUGGAAUUCAUGUACAAUCAUCUUCAGGAGUGAGUAUUAGGAACUCGAAUAUUGGUACUGGAGAUGAUUGUAUCUCUAUUGGCCCUGGAAACUCUAACUUAUGGAUUGAAGGCAUUGCUUGUGGCCCUGGCCAUGGAAUUAGUAUUGGAAGCUUAGGUUGGGAAUCGAAAGAGCAAGGAGUACAAAAUGUGACAGUUAAGACGGUUACCUUCACGGGGACACAGAAUGGUGUGAGGGUAAAAACUUGGGCAAGGCCUAGUAGUGGCUUUGUUAGACAUGUUCUGUUUCAACAUAUCGUUAUGUCUAACGUUCAAAACCCGAUAAUCAUAGACCAAAACUACUGUCCUAAUCAUGAAAGUUGUCCUCAUCAGGGAUCGGGUGUGAAGAUAAGUGAUGUAACGUAUCAAGACAUACAUGGAACAUCGGCUACAGAAGUUGCAGUGAAAUUAGAUUGUAGCAAAACGAAUCCAUGUUCUGGAAUAACACUUGACAAUGUAAAUCUUAGUUAUAAAAAUGGUCGCGCUGAAGCUUCAUGUGUUAAUGCUGCAGGAAAAGCUUCUGGUUUCAAAGAACUUACUAGCUGCUUAUAA